CGCCGCCGCCGCCGGGAGUCGCUUCUCCCGCCCAGCCGCCGCCAGAGGAGGGGAGCCGGCCUCGAGCGCCGCCCGCCGCUUUCCCUCCGCCGCGGCGGGUGUUUGGCUGGUGCAAUGGCCAGGCCGGUGCCGGGGACCCGGCAGUGACUCGGUGCCCGCCCAGAGCCGUCCUGAGCGGGGGGGGAGUCGGGGCCGCCGCGGGAAUCUCUCUCCCCCCGCCCCGGCUCCGCGCUGUUCAUGCCUUUGCAGCUGAGAGGUGCCCAGGGGCGGAGCAGCCUCAGCAGCGCCCAGUCGGGGAGCGUCCCCUCUGCUCCCCGCCCUGCUCCUGAGACAGGGCCCAGGCCCGGCCGGGAGCCCCCAGCUUCUCCGCAGCGCUAGGCCCCGGAGCAGAGACCGGGGCCGGCUACAGAGUGAUCUCCUCCUGCCCGGCAGCUCGCCGCUCGCACAGCCCCGCGGGGAGGGGGAGGAUGAGCCAGCUUCAGACAGCGAAGAUGUCCGCUCCCCCCCCGCCUGCGCCCCUGGAGCCCGGGGAGGGGGUGACCACGAGCCGCCAGAGGAAGCUGGAGUCCAUGAUCCGAGACCCUCGGUCCCCAGUCAAUGUGGAAAGUUUGCUGGAUGGCCUGAAUUCUUUGGUCCUUGAUCUGGAUUUUCCAGCACUGAGGAAAAACAAGAACAUAGAUAAUUUCUUAAAUAGAUAUGAGAAAAUUGUGGAAAAAAUUCGAGCUUUACAAAUGAAAGCUGAAGACUAUGAUGUUGUUAAGGUGAUUGGAAGAGGUGCUUUUGGAGAAGUACAGUUGGUUCGCCAUAAAACAUCACAGAAGGUUUAUGCAAUGAAGCUUCUUAGUAAAUUUGAGAUGAUAAAAAGAUCGGAUUCAGCCUUUUUCUGGGAAGAAAGAGAUAUCAUGGCCUUUGCCAACAGUCCCUGGGUGGUUCAACUCUUUUGUGCCUUUCAAGAUGACCGAUACUUGUACAUGGUAAUGGAAUAUAUGCCGGGUGGAGAUCUUGUAAACCUUAUGAGCAAUUAUGAUGUGCCUGAAAAAUGGGCCAAAUUUUACACAGCUGAAGUUGUCCUUGCUUUGGAUGCAAUUCACUCCAUGGGCUUGAUACACAGAGAUGUGAAGCCUGACAAUAUGCUUUUGGAUAAACAUGGGCAUCUGAAGUUGGCAGAUUUUGGCACCUGUAUGAAAAUGGAUGAAACUGGUAUGGUGCGCUGUGAUACAGCUGUUGGAACACCUGACUACAUAUCGCCUGAAGUCUUGAAGUCACAAGGAGGUGAUGGCUGCUAUGGACGGGAGUGCGAUUGGUGGUCUGUAGGAGUUUUUCUCUUUGAGAUGCUUGUUGGAGACACUCCAUUUUAUGCAGACUCCUUGGUAGGAACGUAUAGUAAAAUCAUGGAUCACAAGAAUUCAUUAAGUUUCCCAGAUGAUGUGGAAAUCUCUAAGCAUGCAAAGAACCUCAUCUGUGACUUUUUAACUGACAGGGAGGUGCGACUUGGGAGAAAUGGGGUAGAAGAAAUUAAACAGCACCCUUUCUUUAAGAGCGAUCAAUGGAACUGGGAUAACAUUCGAGAGACUGCUGCUCCUGUUGUACCUGAGCUUAGCAGUGACAUAGACAGCAGUAAUUUUGAUGACGUUGAGGAUGACAAAGGAGAUGUGGAAACCUUUCCAAUCCCCAAAGCCUUUGUGGGAAACCAGCUGCCUUUUAUAGGAUUUACCUACUAUCGAGAGAAUCUGUUGCUAAGUGACUCUCCUCAGUCUUGUAGAGAAAAUGAAUCCAUGCAAUCCAGGAAAAAUGAGGACAGCAAAGAGUUUGCACAGUUUCAGAAAAAACUGAGCAAGUUAGAAGAACAACUCAGUAAUGAAAUACAAGCCAAAGAUGAACUAGAACAGAAGUGCAGGUCUGUUAAUGCUCGUUUAGAGAAGACCGUGAAAGAACUAGAUGAAGAGGUAACAUCAAGGAAGAAUGUAGAAUCUGCAUUAAGGCAAUUAGAAAGAGAGAAGGCUCUUCUUCAGCACAAGAAUGCAGAAUACCAGCGGAAAGCAGAACAUGAAGCAGAUAAAAAACGCAAUUUGGAAAAUGAUGUUAACAGUUUGAAAGACCAGCUUGAAGAUUUAAAAAGGAGAAAUCAGAACUCGCAGAUAUCAAAUGAGAAAAUCAAUCAGCUACAAAGACAGCUGGAUGAAGCCAAUGCUUUAUUACGCACAGAGUCUGAUACUGCAGCCAGGUUAAGGAAGAACCAGACCGAAAGUACAAAGCAAAUCCAGCAGUUGGAAGCUAAUAAUCGAGAAUUACAAGAUAAAAACUGCAUGCUGGAGAAUGCUAAACUCAAACUUGAGAAGGACUUCAUCAAUCUUCAGUCAGCCCUAGAAUCUGAAAGAAGAGAUCGAAGUCAUGGGUCAGAGAUUAUCAGCGAUCUACAAGGUCGAAUAUCUAGCCUAGAAGAAGAAGUAAAAAAUGGAAAGAGUACAUUAGCCAAAGCAGAAGUGGAGAAGAGACAAUUACAAGAGAGGUUCACAGAUUUGGAAAAGGAGAAGAGCAACAUGGAAAUAGACAUGACAUAUAAACUCAAGGUUAUGCAGCAGAACUUGGAACAAGAAGAAGCUGAACAUAAAGCCACAAAAGCACGAUUAGCAGACAAAAAUAAAAUCUAUGAAUCUAUUGAGGAAGCCAAGUCUGAAGCCAUGAAAGAAAUGGAAAAGAAGUUGUUGGAGGAGAGAGCUUCAAAGCAAAAAGUAGAAAAUGGCUUGUUAGAAAUUGAAAAGCGGUGUUCUAUGUUGGACUGUGAUCUCAAACAGUCGCAACAGAAAAUAAAUGAGCUGCUUAAACAAAAGGAUAAACUAAAUGAAGAUGUUAAAAACUUGACAUUAAAAAUAGAACAGGAAACACAAAAGCGCUGCCUCACGCAGAAUGACCUGAAGAUGCAAACACAACAAGUCAACACAUUGAAAAUGUCAGAGAAACAGCUAAAACAAGAGAAUAACCAUCUCCUGGAAAUCAAACUGAGCUUGGAAAAGCAAAAUAAUGAACUCCGCAAAGAACGUCAGGAUGCAGAUGGACAAAUGAAAGAGCUUCAAGACCAGCUUGAAGCUGAACAAUAUUUCUCAACUUUGUACAAGACCCAAGUUCGUGAGCUUAAAGAGGAAUGUGAAGAAAAGACCAAACUUUGUAAAGAAAUGCAGCAAAAGAUACAGGAGUUACAAGAUGAGAGAGACUCCUUGGCUGCACAACUUGAGAUAACUUUGACAAAAGCUGAUUCAGAGCAACUUGCUCGCUCCAUUGCUGAAGAACAGUACUCUGAUUUGGAAAAAGAGAAGAUCAUGAAAGAAUUGGAGAUUAAAGAGAUGAUGGCUAGGCAUAAGCAAGAACUUACUGAGAAAGAUGCUACCAUAGGAUCUCUGGAGGAAGCCAAUAGGACACUAACUAGUGAUGUGGCUAAUCUUGCUAAUGAGAAAGAAGAACUGAAUAAUAAACUGAAAGAAGUCCAAGAACAAAUUGCAAGGCUAAAAGAGGAAGAAACAAAUACAACAAUUAUUAAAACUCAGUUUGAGAAGCAGUUGUUGAAUGAGAGAACACUGAAAACUCAGGCAGUAAACAAGUUGGCUGAGAUCAUGAAUCGGAAGGAUCCAGUCAAACGUGGAGCUGACACUGAUGUGCGGAGGAAAGAAAAGGAGAAUAGGAAACUGCAUAUGGAACUGAAAUCUGAACGUGAAAAGUUAACCCAGAUGAUGAUUAAAUAUCAGAAGGAGAUCAAUGAAAUGCAGGCACAAAUAGCAGAGGAGAGCCAGAUACGAAUCGAACUGCAGAUGACACUUGAUAGCAAGGAUAGCGACAUUGAACAACUUCGCUCACAGCUCCAGUCUAUACAUAUUGGCCUAGACUGCAGCAGCAUAGGCAGUGGACCUGGGGAUGCUGAGGCAGAUGAUGGAUUCCCUGUCCAUAUCACUCAAUCCCACACUAUGGAGUCCAUGUCUCUUACCUACCAGCAUUCUUCUACCUCUGUCAGUAUUGCCACUAAGCCUUCCAGUUCUCACAUGCUUCUCGACUCUGAUUCUGACUCAGAGGAAGAACCAUUGUCUUGUGUACACAUCCCUUCAGAACCUGAUAGCACAGAAUCGAGAUUAGAGGGUUGGUUAUCACUACCUGUCCGAAAUAACACUAAGAAAUUUGGGUGGGUGAAAAAGUAUGUAAUUGUAAGCAGUAAGAAGAUUCUGUUCUAUGAUAGCGAACAAGAUAAAGAACAUUCUAACCCCUACAUGGUGUUAGAUAUUGACAAAUUGUUCCAUGUCCGGCCAGUCACACAGACCGAUGUGUACAGAGCAGAUUCCAAAGAGAUUCCUAGGAUAUUCCAGAUUCUGUAUGCCAAUGAAGGAGAAAGCAAGAAGGAACCAGAAUUUCCUGUGGAGCCUAUGGGGGAGAAAUCAAAUUACAUUUGCCACAAGGGACAUGAAUUUAUACCAACUCUGUAUCAUUUUCCAACCAACUGUGAGGCUUGUAUGAAGCCACUGUGGCACAUGUUUAAACCCCCUCCUGCUCUAGAGUGCCGCCGCUGCCAUAUCAAAUGUCACAAAGAUCACAUGGAUAAAAAGGAAGAGAUUAUAGCACCUUGCAAAGUAUAUUAUGAUAUUUCAACUGCAAAGAAUCUACUACUGUUAGCUAAUUCUACAGAGGAUCAACAGAAAUGGGUGAGCCGAUUGGUGAAAAAAAUUCCAAAAAAGCCUCCAGCACCCGACCCCUUUGCUCGAUCUUCUCCUAGAACUUCCAUGAAGGUACAGCCAAAUCAGUCUAUGAGACGGCCAAGCCGACAGCUUCCUCCAAACAAACCAAGCUCUGGCCCUGUCCUUCGAAUCAUUCUUCACUGAUUUUUUUCUAUACUGUAUAUUUUGCCAUAGCAACACUAACUGCCUUCUGUGAAUGCAGUCACUAUUCAAGGUGAUAAUAUUCUUCCCAUUAAAACAAGACUGAAACAUGAUAUCCCAAAAUUUAUUAAAAUAUAUAUAUUUUCCUGAAAGACUGUGCUAUAUAUAUCAGAGGUUUACAAUUUUUUGCUGCAAUAUAAAUUACUAAUCUCUGAGGGCUUUUUUAUAAUCCCUUGGGGUAACUGAUCAAAUGAGGACUGUUGGUAAUAGUAUAAGGAUACUUUAGGUAACCUUUUAGAGUCUUGUUCCAAAAAAGUUUAUCUUGGCAAGACACACACACUACAUUUCACAAAAGAAUUGAGAAGAGUGAAAAUUAAAACUGAAGAAAUUCAUCUUUCAACUUUGAUAGAGAGAUGCCACCAGCAUGUUUGCCAGAAAAGUAGGCGGGAAAGAUCCACCACAGUGGUAUAGACUGCAUCUUUAAGAAGUGACCAUUAUACUGUGUAUAUAUAUAUUGUACUGUAAUACUGCAAAAGGGUUUUAAAAACUUUCCACUUUAUUUUUUUAUGCAUAUUAAUCAGAUACCAUUACUUACUGCAGUUGCAACUAUGCACUUGUGUAAAGCCAUAAUGUUGAAGUUAAUAUCAUUCAUACAUGUUUAUCAAAAGCUGCAUGUCAUUGUUGAGCAGUUAGUAUAAUGAGACGUUUGAAGUACAUACUCAUUUCAAUGAUUUCAUAAUGGGCAGUCCUAUUUUACCUAUCUGAAUGCCUUAAUUUAAUUUUUUCAAGGUCUAUGCCCAUUCUCUGUAUUUAAGGAAAAAAGAAUGUUUACCAGCUCUUAGGAUACAAAUUUGCUUUGUGGCAGAAAAAAUAGUGCACUAUUUUUACACACAAUUAUAUCAAUGUCAGCCUAUUUUGAAUGUAUAUUGAUUGGUUUUGGGGUGGGAGGGAGUAUUGGUUACAGAAACAAUAACUGAUAGUAUUGAAACUAAUAUAACUUUCAUGUGUACAUGUAACUUUUCAUCCAGUCCUUUUUACAAACCUCAAUAUUAGUCAUUGACUUUAUAUUACCCUUAUUAAGUGCUAUGAAACUUCAUUUUGCCUUGUUUUGCGUACUCUCCUAGAUGUGUUUUUAUUUCUGGGGAAAAAAAGUCUGUGACUAUUUUUACAUUUUCACAGUACAAUAUCCAAGGACUGUCACAAACUUUAAAGAAAACUAAACAGAUUGUAGAUGUAUUUUAAAUUUUUGAAUCCAGUUCUCUAGCACAUAGCUGUAGGCAUAGAAAAAUAUUUCAGUAGUGUGUUUUGAGAACUUAUAGCUGGGAAUAAAAGGCCUCAGAGGCACUUAAUCUGAUUUUUUUUUUUUAACUUGGACUUGUACAAAAAUAUAAUUUAUGUGGGCUCGUUCAUGCUGUGUUCAUAAUUAUCCCAGAAAAUGCAUGUUUUAUACAACUACAGGAUGCUAUGUUAAACAUAUUGACAGUAAAAAAAAAAUGUAGCCUCCUACUUGGUCUCUUUUUUUAUAUAUAUAUAUUUAUAUAUUGUGUGUUAGUGUGAUAAUUAAAAAUAUGAUUUAACAUUUCAAGGAAGGAAGACAUUUCACUUGAUCUUUUCUUUGGGAACAGUGUUGAGAUGUUCAAAGGAUAGGACCAUGACUUGUAUAACACUAUCCUUAAGAGUGGAUUUAGGACCCAGGAGUAUUGAAAAUGAAUAUAGUUACAUUGUAUUAGUGGUAAUAAAAUGUAACUUACCCAGUCUGCACUCAGUUUUAUAUUUAUGCAUUCUCAACCUAAAAUGUUUGUGCAUUCUUAAACUUAAAACUAAAAUGUGUAUAUCAUUUUAGUUAAAGUAUUAGCCCAAUGCACAGUAAAAGCUGUGUAUCCUUUCCCUGCUUGUUGUGAUUUACUGAAAUAAAGCAUAUUUUAGGUAAUGCAUAUUUGCAUACAAAA